AUGGGCGGCUACGACGUGGCGACCAGAGGUAACGGCAAGAGCGCAAACCCCUUCCCUCUGGAGAUGCAACUAAUUCGGGCCCCUGCAGACGCAAGCUGGUCGUCCAUCCCCACGAGCCUGCUGCUCCAGGAGCUACGGCGCCGCGAGGAAGAGACCGCCAAGCCCCAGUGCGGAUCGCGGCCCAAAGGAUGGUACGAUACCGUCGCCCACGUCUUCGCCCUCCUCCUCAUCCUGACCCUGAGCACGCUCGCCUGCGGCUUGCCCCUAAUAUCGCGGCGCACGGCGACGGGCAAGCGACAACGACUCAUCAUCUUCUACUGCCAGCAUGUCGGCACUGGCGUCCUGCUCGCCACGGCUUUUGUCCACCUCCUCCCGACGGCCUUCGAGUCCCUCACCGAUCCUUGCCUGCCCUACUUCUUCAGCCAUGGAUAUAAACCUCUCCCCGGCCUCGUCGCCAUGGUGUCCGCCAUCGUCGUCGUCGCCGUCGAAUCGUACUUGACGGCGCGGGGUGCCGGUCAUUCCCACUCUCACGCGCACGAUUACUUCGACGAUGACGACGACGACGGGGCCAGCAGCAACGGACGCUUCCACGACGUUGACCUCGAUGCCAACACCAACGGCCUAUCCGAGAGAAGGGGGAACAGUCAUCGGCCGGCCCACAUCUCCCUCGACGACCUGGAAGCUACGCAAGGUCUCGUCGCAGGCGCUUCUCCCCUGCCCGAGUCCACACCUACCAUUGCUCCGCCGCCACGGAUUUCAAAGCCUUCGAGCCAGGCUGGACUCGACGACGGCUACUCAGACUCGGAUCUAGACAUGGAUGAGCUGGACCCCGCUCCAACUCGUCCCCGUCGGGCCGAUCCAUACUCGUCCCUCAAACCGGAUGAACGGGCGGUCACGGCUGGCCACGACCUACCCACACGUACACCAGAUGAGCAGAAGCGCCAGAUGCUGCAGUGCCUUCUCCUAGAGGCGGGCAUUCUCUUUCACAGCGUCUUCAUCGGCAUGGCGGUUUCCGUCGCCACCGGCCCGGCAUUUGUGGUCUUCCUGGUGGCCAUUAGCUUCCACCAGUCUUUUGAGGGCUUGGCCCUCGGCAGCCGCAUCGCGGCCAUUCAGUUCCCCCGCAACUCUUUCCGGCCGUGGCUGAUGGUGCUCGCGUACGGCGUGACGACGCCCCUCGGCCAGGCAAUUGGCCUGGUGGUGCACAAAAUGUACGACCCGGCUUCGAUGGGCGGCCUGCUCGUCGUCGGCUUUAUGAACGCCGUGUCGUCAGGCCUGCUGCUCUACGCCGGACUGGUGCAGCUGCUGGCUGAGGAUUUUUUGACGGAGAAGAGCUACACGGUCCUCAAGGGGCGCAAGCGGCUGCAUGCCUUUCUCGCCGUGGUUGGCGGUGCGCUGCUCAUGGCCCUGGUCGGUGCUUUUGCUUGA